UAAUUUGUAAUUAAAUGCAUUUAUAAACUAAAAUGAAUUGAAAUAAAACGGAAACCCAACCAAAUAACAAUAAAACUCAAAAAAAAAUACAAACAAGGAAUUUAACAUAUCAAAAACCUUGGAACAUCAAAAUUGAUUUGCUACUACUACACGGUCUUCUCUUUUUUUUUACAAAUUCAAAUAAACAAAAUUAAUUAUUAAUAAAAUUUUUUGAAAAAUCAAACGGACAAAUAUAUAAACAUCAAUAAAAAUGAAUUCUAAAAUGGGUUCGUUAGAGGAAAAAGUUAAAUUACCGCCUACGGAAACUAUAAGUCGCUGCUAUCAGCCGCAGGGCAAUCGUAAGGUCAUUCGCAUUUUAACGGUAGCAGUUUAUGUUCUAUGUGUGUCUCUGGCAGCCAUAAUGUUGUCUUUGUAUUAUAUAUUCAUAUGGGAUCCAACGAUACGCCCAUUUGUUACAAAAAAUAAUAAUUGUGACAAAAUUGUGAUACCCGAAAAAAUCGCCAUACGUUUAAUCAAUUCAUCCGAAGUAACCGCCGAACAAUUCUAUAAACACAUUCUGGAACAAUAUCGUAUACUUAAUCAACUGCAACAGCAGCGUCAACAAUUUCUACAGAAACAACAUAUACAACUGCAACAAUUGGCAGCAACGGGCAAUAAAUUUCAAGAGAUAUUCGCAACAGCGACAAUAAUACAAUCAAAUCCUAAAGAUCGCAUCAAUAAACCGGUAACACCGACCAACGGUACAUUCCUGCUGGAUCCAGCAAGGCAACCACCACCACCACCGCCGCCAGAACUUGUCGAAUUACCCACACUAAAUGAACCCGAAAGAAUACCUUUGGGCAUAGAGAAAGAAACGACCGUGUUGCGGCCCAUAGAAACAUUACCCAUUCUGGAUACAUCACCGGUGUAUGGCACCAAAAGGAAAACACAUCGCAAACACUAUCAACAUCAUCGUAGGAAUCAACGUAAUCAUCAGAAACUUAAGGAAUUGGAGGAAGAGGAAAAUCUAGAGGAUAAAAUAACGGAAGAGAAAUACAAGGAGGCUGCUUUAAAUCCACCCACAUCAAUAAUACAGGAACCUCUUUACACCUCAAUACCUAUUCCCUUGAUAUUGAAUUCCAAAGAAGACAAAAGGCCCCAUCACAGUCAUGGCCACAAUGGUCAUGGUCACAUGGAGAAACGUACCAAAGCUUUGGCGCGUAAACGUAUAACCGCACCUUCCGUUUCCGGCUACGAUACAAAAUCAUAUUUGAAUCCCUUCCUAAAUGGUGAAUUAAUAUUUGAGAAAUAAAUUCUUGCAAUAAUAAAAUUUAAGGAAUUGAGUUUAAGCUAAAUAAAUUUUUUUUUGGAAAACUAUUUAUGUAUUAAUGUGCGUAACAAAAAAACAAAUACAACAUAAACCAGCCAAAUUAGUACUUUUUAGAAGAAUAAUAAAAUAAAAAUUGGGAAAAAACACGAAAUGAAAUCACACAAGGAUUUAGUAAUAGGGCGGGAUAGAACAGUGUUUUUUAAGCUAGUAAAGAAGUAUACACAAUAAGAACCGAAGAAAAUCCGACCUUAUUUUGAAACACAUGGAACCUAAGUAAUGAAUAAAAAAAAAUUUGCCAUAUCACUACCACAACACACCCACUAAAAAGAAAACUUUAUGAUAGAAACAAAACAAAAAAACGAAUAGAAAUAAUUAUACAUUUUUGGAAAUGAAACUAAACAUUAAACACACAUUUGAGACGCAUACAAUAUUUUGAGGUUAUAAAUUAAAAAUUAUUUAAGGUUAGGAUUGAGCUAUAAUGAAUCCGAAUGUGACAUCAGAAUUUCUCCAUUUUUAUAUCUUUCACCUUCGUGGGAAGGGUAUAUACAGUUUGUAUAUAGUAAAUAAGUUUGUCAUUCUCUUUGUAAUUUCUCUAAUAUUAUUUUCGGGCCACUUAAAGAAUAUAUAUUCCGGAUUACGGAAUAGAUUACGGAAUCGAUUAAACUAUGUCCGUCCGUCCAUCCGUAUAAUUGGUAAAAUCCAUUUUCUAAAGACCUCAGAUAUCUUCGGGUUCUAAAUUUUCAAUAAUUCUGUCUGACAUGCUUUCGAGAAGAACGCUAUUUAAAAUUAGCAAAAUCGGUUCAUAAAUAAAGGAGAUAUGAACAAAAAUCCUAGACAACCUUUGGAAAUUUCAUUAAAAGUAAUUACAUAAAGUAAUUAUUUACAUUUUCUAUGACAAUUACUUGUAAUGUGUAAUUGAGCAUUAACCAAUUAAAAUUACUUGUAAUUUAGUUUUUUCCAAUUACAAUUACUUGUAAUGUUAAUUAAACUUUUACCAAUUACUUGUAAUUAAAGUUUACAAAUCACAAUUAUUUGUAAUUUAGGUAUAACUUGAGCAUUACCAAUUAAAACUACUAGUAAUUGAAGUUUUUCAAUUACAAUUACUUGUAAUGUUAAUUGAACUUUUAACAAUUACUUGUAAUUGAAGAUUGCCAAUCACAAUUACAAUUACUUGUAAUUUAGGUAUUACUAAAGUUUGCAAUUACAACUACAAGUAAUUGUAAUUGGCUAAACUUCAUUUACAAUUACAAGUUAUUGUAAUUUUUAAAGCUCAGGCACGGGGGGUAAUGGUUACACAAAGUAUUUAAUUACAUGGUCAAUUACAAUUACUUGUAAUGUGUAAUUGAGCAAUAACCAAUUACAAAUACUUGUAAUUGCAAUUGAAUUUUUUUCAAUUACAAUUACUUGUAAUAUGUAAUUGACCAAAAAUCAAUUACAAUUACUUGUAAUUGAAGUUUAGCUAAUUACAAUUAUUUUGUAAUUGUAAUUGAAGUUUCUAAUUAAAAUUACUUGUAAUUGUAAUUAAAGUAUUACUAAUUACAAAUUACAUGUAAUUAUAAGGAACAAAAUUCACAAUUACAAGUAAUUGUAAUUGGAAAUUAUUUAAUUACAAUUAUAAGUAAUUUUAAUUGGCAAAAUUUAAAUUACAAUUACAAAACUUCAAUUGCAAUUACAAAGAAUGGUAAUUGGCAAAGCUUCAAUUACAAUUACAAGUAAUUGCAAUUGUAAUUGUAAUUAGUAUAGUUUCAAUUACAAUUACUUCAAAUAUAAUUGAAAAUGUAGUCAUUACCCCCCCAAGCCUGGUAAAGCUUCAAUUACAAUUACUUCAAAUUUAAUUGUAAUUGAAAAUGUAAUCAUUACCCCCCAAGCCUGUAGGGAAAUUAAGCAGGGAUGGGAAACAAAAUCAAUUUCUUAAAUCUUUAUAAAUUAAUCCACAAGUAUGGUCGAUUUUGUUUGUAACGGAGAUUAAACCUUUAGUUUUAAGUCAACAGAUAGGGCUUUCAAAGGACAAAAGCGAUUUUAUCAACAAAGAUGUCUUUGCUCUGUUAUAAAGACCCGAAUAUAGUCAGUUUUUAGAACACAAUAUCUUUAAAAACCUGAUGGAGAAAUUCGGGUUUAGAGCUGCUCAAUCCUUAAGAAAAAUAUACUUUAGUCUACGGUUUAAAAACUUGUUAGCCUGUUAAUCGUUUGGAUUCAUACCCAAAGAAAUCUAACGAUACAGUUCUCAUUUAGUUAAAAAUAUCUUUAAUGUAAAAACAUUUUGAUAUUAAAACAUUAGGGAAUUCAUAUGAAAUGAUCUAAUGAUUAGUAUAUUAAGUAAUAUAUUGGCUAGUCUAUGAACUAGUCUGUAGGCUAAGGCCGAGUGGAUAGACUAUUUCAUAUAAUAGCCAAAAGUCUAGUUACAAGACUAACAAAUAACCUGUACUAUCGACUUGUCAUUAGAUUACUUAAUGGACCAGUUAAUAUACUAGUUUACAAAGGAGUCUAUAAACUAGUACAUAGGCUAGACUACAGCCUAAUAGGGCCUAUAGGGUAAUCUAUAGAAUAGUCAAUUUGACAAUGUAUUGCAUCCUUAAAGUUAUAUGUUUUGCAACUAAUAAUCAAAUAAUAGAUAUACUAACGAGAUCCUGAACCUAACCUGAGUACGGAUUAUACAAUUUUUUUUUUUUUUUUCAGUGUAAAACUGCAAAACAUUAAUAUUUCUUUAAAUUUUUACAGUAAAUGGAGCUAAGAAAAGGAAAGAAUUUGAAAAAUUUUGUAAACCUAAAUCAAUUUCAUAUGAUUAGAAUAUAAUUCCACUAUGAUUACAGUAUACUUCACAGAGAGUAAAAAUAAGUUCUCUGACUGGAGUUAUUUAGUUUACAAAUACAAUAUAAGCGUUAGCGGAGCGUUUUUCCGCACGGAAAAACGUUUAACUUACACAGAUUUCUUAUAAAAUACAGGGUUUUUGAAUUAUAACCUCAAACUAUAGAGUCAAACACUAUUAUUUAUUAGUUGAUCAAACAAUUACCAAAAAAAAUAUCAUUAUUAAACAAGAAAUUUAGAAAAUUUAUAUAUAUGAAACAAAAAUUAUAACCUAAGAAAUAUAUAAGAAAAAAAAACCUUUUAGUCCAAACCCAUUUAUCCAAGCCUCACUACACCCAACAAAUAAAUAAAUAAAUAAUAAAGAAUAAACAAAACACCACGCAUAUUUUUUAGUGAUAUUUAAACAAAUACAAAACAAGAAAUUUAUAAAAAAAAUAAUAAAAACCAAAAAAGAAAAAAAUAUAUAAACUAUUUCAUAAUAUAAAUCACCUAACCUUUCACUCACUCUCGCUCACUGGCUCAAUCAAUCACUAUUAAUUCACUCACUUACUCACUCUACACUUCAAAAAAGAAACUAUUUCUAUCUUUCUAAAAAGAAUUCAAUUCUAAAAAAUCACCGCAACAACAAAAACAACAACACCAUACAAUAACAAAUAUUUAGUCUGAAAUCAAAAAGAAUAAUUAUUAAAUUAAAUAUUUAUUACGAAGAAAAAAAACAAGAAAACGAAAUGAAAAAUCACCGCAUUUUUUAUUGGUAAAUGGGUCUUUAAGUGCGAAAACAAAACAAAAAUAAAUAAAAAAUUAACAGAAAAUAAAAAACUGAAAAUCAAUGUAUACCACUACCUAUAUAUUUAAAUAAAAUAAAAUGAAUAAUAACCAUAAAUACAAUAAUUACAAAUUGGCCUAAAUAAAAUUUAUAUGUGAAAAAAAAAAAAACAAAACAAACAAUUAUAUAGUGAAAUAAACUAAAAGAAAACAAGAAAACCAAAAACUAAAUGUAUCGAUAUUUAUUCAACUAUAGUGUACCUAAAUGUCAUUAAAAAAAAGAAUAAGAAAACAAAACAAAAUAAACAAUACAUCAACGGAAAUUAUAUGGAAAAUGCUAAGCAAAAUAAUAAAACUGAGAGUAAAAAUGAUUUUAAAGGAAAACCAAAGCGAAUGGAAUCGGCUGAAAUAAAAACUAAAAUGUUAAAAAAACAA